AUGCCGCAGAAGCCAGAGCUGGGCAGGCGGCAAUAUCAGAAUGGCCGUGGUGAUGAUGAUGAUGAUGAUGAUGAUGCUGGCGAUGAUGAUGGUGAUGAUGAUGCUUUAGUUGGGAGAGGAUCGAGUCGAGUCAGACAGACAGCUGUUCAGACUGGAAGCAGGAGACCUGAAUCAUCGGCUUCUGCUCGGUGCCCCAUCAAGUACAAGGUACCCUCUCCAUCUGAGAUCCGUCCGGAUAGGAUAAGGUACAUAGGAUUGGACGACGCAGAUGGAUCCCGUCCCUCUGCGUGUGGGAUACGGAUACAGACAGACUCAGACGUUGUUGGCAUGAUGACAAGAACAAGGCAAGUGAAGAGACGAAGACAGUAUUAUGCAUAUGGCAGUAGAAGUCAAUGGGGAACGCUGAUGGAGGCAAUGGGCCCAUUCAUGCAUGCUCGAUGA